CAGAGUUUUUGGUUAAAACAAAGUAGUGUACAAUAUGUUCAUUUUUUACAUAAUAGUAAAAUUUGGAUAAGUUUAUUUUUGAGGACUCCACACCUUUCCCUCUCCACCAGAUGGUAGCAUCUCAGGUGACAUAUCUUAAUCUUUCAAAUGGGAACUACACUGCCAUGGGGUACUGGUGUUCUCACAGUGUCUUAAGCUUUUGGAACUGCAUGCCGGAGGAUGUGGUUUCUACCUUCUCCAUCUAGCAGUCUUAAAAGGGAAUAGACUAGUGCACAUACUGAUUAAGAAGGGAUUAAAAGAUUUCGAACACCUUAGUCUCAAACCGAAAUUCUGAAUCUGAGUAGUUUUCUAUGUACUAUGGAUUUUCAACAUUUGAAGUACCUCUUAAUAAACUUGUUAUUCAUUUAAAUUGAUUGACCUCGUUUUAAAACGCUUUUUCGACAAUCGCGGGUCAGCUUGUAGACGGCCGUAUGUUGGUUGAUCAGCUGAUGCUUACACACUACAUUUGUUGGAGAAAUCUAAAAUUUUCCUCAGUAUUCGUCGUUACACAGUUUUAUGCUGGUAUACUAGGUAAAAGCCAAUGGGAUGUGGCAGUGUUAGUGAAAAUAGGGAAAAAUGAGGCAUUUUUGUGGUCGUAAAUUACGGCAAUUUUACAAAUAGUUAAAAUAGUCACUUUUUCGUUUACAAAGUGUCAAGUGACUUAAAGAAACACAUUACAACUUCUAGUGGUUUUUGCGGUUCAAGAGAUUAAACAUCAACACCAUAAGUUGGGCUACUUCAUUAUGAUAAUUAUUUUCACUUUCUUUGUUUUCUAUCUUUGCUACUGUCUCAAAGGUCCUCUACUAUGCAUCCCUUUAAGGAAAUCUACGGAAACAUCCAGGAAUUUUGUGAACAUAGUAUUCAGUCUUUUCUCGGCAGAGGCCUUAUGUUUACAGGCAGAUGCGGCGUCCAUUUUUUCUGACUAAAAAUAUUGACUGAUGUAGCUGUCCUUAACUUUUUUUGUUAAUGCGAAGUCAAUAUCGCUAUAUUUCUUGAAGUGGUCCAUUGAAUCACUAGUUAUCAGACUUUUCCCACAAACUAAACAUAAAAUGACAGCAACCAUGUUAUUUAACCGUAAAUCAUGUAAUUUAAAUAAUACUUAUCCAUGUCUAUACAACUUGUGUUUCCUACAUUUGUAGGAAUAAAUAUGUACCUUAUUAUAUUAUAAUUGCUAACUAUACUUACUAAUCGUAUGUGUAAUUUAUCGAAUUGAUGAUGCCUGUAAACUGGCGUCCCUCAUGUACACAAAUGAGAAUAUAUUAUUAUUAUUAACGUAUUUCUCAUACUUUCUAGAACUCUAUUUAAAUUCUGAGUUUUUAGUGGUAAUGAUGUCUAAAUCUUUUGGACUCUUUUGUCAGGUUAUAGCUGAUUUCUGUGGAUUAAUAGCCCUUGGUGCUGAAGAGAAUUAUUUCCAUAGUGUCAUUGAUUUUGCACAUGUCGAACCAAUAAUACAAGUAUUCCUCUCAAUUCGUUCGUAUACUCUACCUGACUGAAUAUUAAUCAGUCUUUGUGAAAGAUUAAAGGCAGAUGUUCGGGGGAGUUAAUUGAUAAAAUGGUUAUGUUGCGGCCAAAUAAGGUGGAUAUGUCCACAUCUCAAAGAAGAUAUUUAGAUUAUAAAGCGUAUGAAGUUAUAUGCCGUCUGAGCUAAAUAUACCAAACGACUCGCAAUUCAGAGUCACAAAGCGGAAACAGAUCAGUGUGAGAAAGUUAGCUUGCAAUUCCUACAUACCGUCUUGCGCCAUGAGGAAAAGACUGUAUCUAUGCUACUGGACGUGAGACUCAAUACAACUGCGGGCACAAUGUUAAUCUCAAAAAGAAUACCUAAAGUUAUCGGCCACAGAACACGUCAAAGAAAUUGUUUGUUGGCACGAUCCCAUCAAAUCAGGAAUUGUCGCGGCUCUUGGGUUGACAACCCUUUUGAGUCUGUCUUGUAUGUCCCUAAUAUCUUUUAUCGCCUACGCCGGGAUGUCGUUAAUAUGCUGCACCACGGCUUCGAAACUUUAUAAUGCUAUUACUCUUCCGUUCAAAUCAAAUUCAUCUAAAGAUCCAUUUAAAUAUUGGCUUGAAUUGAAAAUCACUUUGCCAGAAGAAAAGAUUGCCGAGCGUGUCCCAGCUUUGUGUGAAAAGUUGUCCGAAAAUUUGAAUUAUUUACGUCGCGUUAUUUGGUUGCAAGACUACUUUGAGACUGCUAAGGUAAAUGUAACAACAGUACUUCAGCAAUUACCAAUAAUUGCCACUUUUCCUUUAGUAAUUUAAGGAAGAUGAGCGAAAUAUGACAUGCUAAUUGUAGAUUUAUCUGUUAACUCCGUAAUAAUAUCUCUUGUAAAAGAGUUGACAGGAUUGUCUUUUUACCAUCUGAUAAGAUGUGAUUGCCUAGAGCUUCUUAUGAAGCAAUUUGUUUGAUGCAUUGGCGUCAGCCAGCUAUUUAAUGCAGAAUAUUUUUGUUAAAAAAAGUUUCUCACGUAUUUCAGCUUGAACAAUUGAGUAAUAUCUCUAACCGUCACAGAAUAAGCGUAACUCACAUCUAGAUAACUGUUCUAACUGAUGAGAAGAAGUUUUCUACUUAAAAAAAGUUAUUUGUCAUCUUCCCUAUUGUCAAGAAAUACCUUAUCUACAUUGUCUUAUUAAUUUCACUUAUGUUAACUUGCAAAUUUUCUUACUCUUAUCUGUUUGUCAUUGCUACUUUCCAGUUCGUUGUGUGUUUAUACCUACUUUCGGUAGUAGGUUCUUGGUUUAAUUUGCUCACCGUGAUAACCAUCGCGUUUGUUCUCGGCAUGACUUGUCCUAAAUUAUAUUUAUUAUACAAGGUAAGAAACGUUUGCUUCCCUUUAGGCAAUAUAAUACUUACGUAAUUUGAUUUAAUUCAAUUAUUUUUUUUAUUUUCAAGUAUUGGUUUGUAGGGAUUCCGUUUGAUUGGUUGGGGGAUUUCAUCUUGAGCAUGACAUCAGUUAGAGAACCAUUGGAGAACCUAGGAGUACUGGACAGUUGUUUCGCGCUGGUUUGGGCCCCACAGCAGCACGCACCCACCGGGGUCCGAACCCAGGUCCUCCUGGUUACAAGGCCAGCGAGCUUGUAGACCAUUAGGCAGCCACUAGGACCCGACCCAAUGACCCUUAAAUUCUAACUUCUGUCAAUUCAUGACAUGGCGCGACCAAUUCGCAAUGUCUUCUUCGAUGAGUUACUGCCUCACCUUCAACCUGCUGUACCCUGCUGGUCAUGGCAUCCCACUAGAAUCCCAGGUAACUGCCUGAAUAAGGCCAGUCGCUAGUAAGCAAAAUGACGUCUUUUGGCUCACUGUUUAUUGAUCGGACCAUUUAGUUGGUCGGUCUAAAAAGAACUGCGACGACGAGUCGUCGUAAACGAUGAGGUCUCGUCCAGAGAUGUAUUUUGCAUUUCUUCUACAACUUCAUCUGUAAUCAAAGUUUAUUUUUGUCUCAACUGAUAGUUUUGUUCCUCAUGAAUUAGUUUUAUUUAAUAUUUCUAAAUUUGUGAUAUGAUAGUAAGACUGAAUUCCGAGUGCCAUUGUAAGUAGUGCUCGAGAGCCUGAAAGAUUAUUGCUUGAGUGUUGAGCUUGUCGUGUAAUGCUGCAUGUAUCUGAUAAUUCCAGGUCUGUGUACUGAUUAGCUUUUUUGUUUAAGCUCAAAUAUGCGGGAUAGAUUUUUCAUUUAGCAGAUUGAUGAUAGUAGCCAGUGAGUUAUGCAGCACUCGAAUCUGUGACCCAUUAACUAGAAAUCAAAUGGUUAAACGAUUGAACGACAUCCCCACCAUCUGUGUAAUGGUGCAUUCAUACGAUAGAUAUCUAUUUAAACCCCAGUUUGACGCGGCAUUCCAAAUGACUAAGAAGACAUUGAUCAGAAUGCUUAAAUUGUAAGUGUAAAAAUCUCACCAAAAGUCUUCUUUAUUUUUGUUUCAUCAGUCUACCUUGAGUUAUAUACUAUCUGCUUUGUCAAGCUUAAUAAGACUGAUAACUUCAUCAGUCUUAACCACCUUGUAUAAUCUAACGGAAAAUAUGUCUUCUAUUUGAAGAAUGUUAUUUAUCAGUCUGAUAGUGAACAAAUCGAUUGAUUUGAGACUUUCUUGCUGAGUCAUUUUACAUGAUAAUAUUUAAAUCAAAUAAAAGAGGACUAGUCCUACAACAAACAUUAUUAUUAUGAUUGUGAUUAUUAUUAGCAGUUUGUACUUAUUUAACAUUAUAUUCUUAGGAGGACAUUUUCGAUAAGUUGACAGCGUAGCAGGAGAAAGUGCCUUAUAUGUAAUUCAUUAACUGUUUGCACAAAAUGUAAGGAUAACAGGUGAUUAGCACAAGCAUACCUGCAUACAUUAGGAACAUUCAGUAUAUUGGACCACGACAACCUUCCAUAUCGAAGUAAGAUAACCGACAUAGUUUCAUGAUCUCUACACUUUGUAUUAUCCGCUUCAUAUGAUUAUAAUAUUUUAAUAUACUAAACAGCAUAGUGAUCUUUUAUUAUUUCAGCGCUGAAGCGAAGCUACCGCGGCU